CGUCAGUGUCCUUGUUUUGACUUUGAAAGAUGCCAAUUUUAAAAAUAGGUGCAUAGCACCUAAUGUGGGUUAUUAAAUAAAAAAUGGUCAUGAGGAAGCUUACAAGGCAAAAUAGUGUUUUGGAUGACAACAUUUAUUUGGAUCAAUUUUUAAAGGUCUCUAACUAUGAAGACACUGUUAAACAGCUCGAUAUUUACUAUGGAAUGGUUAAAAGACAGCUAUUGCGUUACCAAAGUCCUAUCACUGGAUUAUUCCCAGUUCUAUCCUCUGACACAGAAAUAGGAAGUGUCAGGGAGAGUGUUUAUUGUGCUGCUGCUGUCUGGGGCUUGUACCAAGCUUACAGGCGGAUUGAUGAUGACAGAGGCAAAUCCUACGAGUUGGGCCAAUCAGCUGUGAAAUGCAUGCGAGGAAUUCUACAAUGUUGGGUCAAACAGGCACAAAGAAUAGAGCUGUUCAAAAAAAAUCAGUGUUCAGCUCAUGCUUUGCAUGUCAAAUUCCAUUUAACAACUGGCAAUAUAGUUUAUACAGAUGAUGAAUACAACCACUUACAAAUUGACGUUGUUUCCAUUUAUUUGCUGUUCUUGGUGCAAAUGAUCACUUCUGGUCUCCAAAUCAUCUAUACUCAGGCAGAAGUUGCUUUUGUACAGAAUUUAGUUUACUAUGUCGAAAGAGCGUACAGAACUCCCGACUUUGGCGUUUGGGAACGGGGUAGUAAAUACAACGACGGAACACCAGAAAUACACGCCAGUUCAAUCGGUUUAGCCAAGUCGGCGUUGGAGGCUAUAAACGGUUGCAACUUGUUCGGCGAACAGGGAGCGUCUUGGAGUGUUGUUUACGUUGAUAUUGAUGCACACAAUAGAAAUAGGAGUAUUUUCGAGACUAUGUUGCCGAGAGAGUCUUGUUCUAAGGACGUGGACUCUUCCUUGUUGCCUACAAUAUCGUUUCCUGCUUUCUCCACACACGAAGAUUUGUUGUAUACUGAGACCAAAAAUAAUAUUGUUAAAAAAUUAAAAGGGCAAUACGGUUUUAAAAGAUUUAUCAGGGAUGGGUAUAAAACUGUUAUCGAGGAUCCGAAUAAAAGAUACUAUGAAAAGUGCCAGCUCAAAGAUUACGAGAACAUAGAAUGUGAAUGGCCACUCUUUUACAUAUUUAUGAUAAUCGAUGGUGUUUUUAAAUCCAUGCCUGAUCAAAUCACUGAAUACCAGGAGCUUCUCACGAAGAGGAUAUUCGUCGACUGUCACGGAGAUCCAAUCAUACCAAUGUACUAUUACGUACAAGAAGAAUACAUCGAGGCGGAGAGGCAGGAACCGAAUUCUGCCCCCAGAACCGCUUAUUCGGAGGGUGGUCUGUAUUUAUGGAAUCAGGCUAUGUUUAUUUUAGCCCAGUUAUUAACAGCCGGGUUGUUGCACAUUAACGAGUUAGACCCUAUUAGAAGGUAUUUACCCUCUUACAAUAGACCCAGAAAAGGUGGAAGAUACUCUGCGUUCCAGGCAAAACCAUCGGUUGGCACGGCUACUGAUUUAGUUGUGCAGAUCGUAUUAAUAGCUGAAAGCAUGAGACUGCAAGCUAUGAUGGCAACUUAUGGUAUCCAAACUCAAACCCCGCACGAAGUGGAACCGGUACAAAUAUGGUCUUCCACUCAACUGGUUAAAGUUUACCAAAACUUGGGGGUGAAUCACAAAUUAAAACUGCAGGGGCGUCCUGUGAGGCCCAUAGGCAGCCUGGGCACAAGCAAAUUGUACAGAGUGUGCGGCGCAACCGUUCUAUGUUACCCCUUAAUCUUCGAAGUCUCCGAUUUCUAUUUGUACAGAGAUAUGGCCCUACUGAUCGACGACAUCAAAACGGAACUCCAAUUCGUCGGUAGAUACUGGAGGUUGUCGGGGCGACCCACCGUUUGCCUUUUAAUAAGGGAGGAGCACAUGAGGGAUCCUCAGUUUAAGAAAAUGCUAGAUUUAUUGGCCAUGUUGAAAAAGGGUUACUGUGACAGUGUUAAAGUCCGCAUUGGGAGGCUGCAAAAUCUCAUUUCCAGCUCUUGCGUUGAACAUUUGGACUUUAUGAACGUUAUGGAAUGUCAGACGGAUAUUUUCAGUCAUUUUAAACAGCUGGAACAUGACUACAUUGGUUACCAAAGUUUAACAGAUGUACCUCGAGUGUUACACUAUCAAGAGGAAAACAAAGACUGCUCAAUUUAUGUAAAUAAAUCCACUGGCGAGAUAGUGGAAGCAAUUAAGUCCAUGGACAAUUUGUACGCCAAAUGCCAACUUUUUGGCAUCCUCCUGAAGCGUGAAGGAAAAAACUUUAAGGUGGACAAGAAUACUGUCCAGGAACAUUUACAAAGUCUCUACUAUAAAGCUGGAGGUGUCAGGCAUUGGGCUGCAGUCAGAUACACCAGCAGUUUGUUGCACCACAACGUCGACUCAAUUAGUCCCUUUAUAACUGCUGUUUUAGUUCAUGGAAAACAGUUGACUGUAGGGGUGAUAGGCCAAAAAGAAACGGUCUUCGACAAGCCUAUGACACCAAGUGAAAUUCAGUCAGUAGUCUACAACACCAUCCAACCCUACGACGUAAUCCAAGCAGUACUACAACAAGAAGUCAUACUUUAUUGUGGCAGGUUAAUUUCUACCAACCCCGAACUAUUCCGGGGAAUAUUAAAGAUACGAGUUGGUUGGGUUUUGGAAGCCAUCAAGUUUUACUUGGAAAUAUUCGGUAAAACUAAGAAGAAGAUCGAGGAGCACAGCCCCUAUGAAGUUAGACAGCUUUUAUAUAAAGUUCUGUCUAUUAAAGAGUGGGGCUCCAAGGAUCAAUUGACGCCUCGGCAAAGGAGACAACUGGAAGGUUGUCUGUGUAGAGUCCCGUCCUCGUUCUACAAUGAAGUAUGGGAUGUCAUGACUAGGACACCUCAGGGCAUUAAAGUUGCCAGUAAAAUUAUUCCUCAGCAACCUACGUUGUCUAACAUGACCAGAUCUGAGCUCACUUUCUCACUUUUGGUGGAGCAGAUAAUAUCGGAUACAAUGUUGAACCACAUACAACAGCCGGAGUACAGACAACUGAUUGUAGAGUUGCUGACGAUCGUUUCUACGAUUUUAGGUAGAAACCCCGAAUUAGUCUUUAAUCAACCUCUAGAACUAGAACAACUGGUCAAAGAUGCCGCCCACAUGUACGCCAAGGAUCAUGAUUUGAAGGAGGAUAAUGUGGUAAAGUUGUUGGAGAUCCCCUAUUUACAAUCCACCGGAUAUUUAGCCAGAGCUGUCGUUAACAACGUCUUGAAAGGCGGUCAACUCUCGGCUGACUUUGAAACUGAUUCUGAAUCUUGUAAAAUCUCGUAACUUUAGUUCUAUGCAAUACAAUUUAAGCUUUACUCGUGUUACUAACUAAUAAAUUGUUUAAUAAAUA